AUGGCUCCGGCCGUGCCCAGAUUACGCAUCUUGUCAGUGGGAGGAAACGCAGUCUCCGCGUUCCUAUCGUGGCGGCUCCAGGCCACCAACGCCUGCGACGUCACGCUCGUAUGGAAGUCAGGAUACGAGAGCGUUGCCCAAUAUGGCAUCUCCUUCAAAUCUACACUCUACGGCAAUGAGCGGUUCAAGCCACAUGCUGUCGUCCGAACUCCUGAAGACGCCGCCCAUUCUUCCAAGCAACCUUUUGACUACGUCCUACUCUGCGUAAAAGCCCUUCCCGAUGUAUACGAUAUCGCCAACAUCAUCGAGUCGGUCGUCUCUCCUCAGCAUACCUGCAUCCUUAUGAACACCACGCAUAGUCUGGGGGUCGAAUCAUAUCUGGAGCAACGCUUCCCCACAAACGUCGUCCUCUCAUUGGUAUCGGGAGCAGAGAUUUCACAGCUUGGGGCCAGCGAGUUCGAGCACAAGGGCGCAACUGACAUCUGGGUCGGCCCUGCUAAUAAGAAUGCCGCCAUCCCGCCACAAAUUCAGUCAGAUAUGGCUGAGGCUCUAGCCAUGACAUUGAGCUCAGGCCAGGUUGACUGCAAAGUCUCACCAAACAUACGACAGCAGCAGUACCAGCGCAUGAUAGGUCCGAUUGCUUUCCAUCCAGCUAGUAUUAUCUUUGAAACGCCCAACCAUGCCGAAUUGAUAGAAAAGGUUGGCGUACGUGCUCUUAUUGCGGGCGUCUUCGACGAGCUACUCGCUCUUGCCAAUGCCCAAGGCUGCACAUUUCCCGCCGACUUCCGGGAAACAACAUUCCAGGAAAUGACCCGACCUCAAGAGACCAACAGCACCAUGUGGAUGGAUUUUGAAGCCAAGCGACCCAUGGAGAUUGAGACGUAUCUCGGAUCUCCGUUGAAGCUUGCACAGGAAGUUGGCAUGUCUAUUCCCCGAAUCGAGACACUGUACGCCACCCUCCAUCAUCUCAACAUUGUCAACCGCACUCGCCCAGUCGCCGCACCUACGCCUUCUCCUCAGAAUGGCAUGCAGCCACCACCCCCUCCUAGACUCUCUUCGGCUCCUUUGCCGCGAGGACCUCCUUCUCAAGGAGGACCAGGCCCCAUGAUGAAUGGCAACGGUCCGAUGAAGGGCGGCCCCCGUUCAGGGAGCCGUGCCCCUUCCAUCAAUGGUGCCCCUCCUAUGAUGCGUCGGGGUCCCCCUCCAGGUCCCAUGAACGGAUAUCCACCAAGAAUGAACGGAGGCCCUAAUGGUCAGCGGCGCGCGUCUUUGGAGGAUAACACCUUGGAAGAAUUUUCGCACCUGAUGCUAUACGAUGAUAUGGUCGACAGUGGAGCUCCCGGUGCCGGUCCCUAUGAAAGCGCUGGAAACUCGUCUAGCAACAAUCUCUCCCUUCGAGAAAGAGAACUGAUGCUCAGGCAGAGGGAGCUGCAGCUUAGGGAGCAAGAGAUGACUAUGCGCCGUGGUCCAGGUGGUCCAGGCGGUCCUGGUCGUGGUCGACCUCCGCCACCUCCCUCGAUGGGUGGCUUCGAUGAUGACGACGACGAUGGUGAUGACUACUUUGACCCAAUGGGAGGUCGUGGACCCGCGAUUGACCCUGACAAUUUUGACAUGAUGAGCGUCACAUCGCGUCGCACUCGCAAAAUGCCCAGUGCUAGUCAAAUCCGCAAGAACCCCGAUGGCGCAAAUUUUGGUGGACCAGGUGGACAAAAUGGACGGUCGAGGAACCCAUUUGCGCGUCCUGGGAUGAACAAGAAUCGGACCAGCGCUCGUUUAAUGGCUGAUGCCCCUGGGUUACACGAAAGCAUAAUGAAUAACCCUCUCAUGGGGUACUCAUCUAACCGCUACGGAGAUGUGGACCGUGGUGCUAUGGGUGCGCAAUCGCGAACCAACUCACUAACCGCAUCUCGUUUAGAUGAGCUCCAGGUCGGUGGUGGCAGUUACGGUGCUUACCCCCCAAAUCCCCGCCGAACAAGCCAGUCGCCUGGCAACCCUCUCAGCCCUGGUCCGAGACCUAACGGUCGGCCGUCUCCACCAAACGGCUAUGCUCCCAACGGCAUGCCCCCAAAUGGCAUGCCCCCAAAUGGACGGCCUUCGCCUCCCGGUAUGAGACAGCCAGUACCACGACACCCUCCUGGCAUAGGUAACGCAGUGGCACCACAACAAGUUGAACAACAAGCUGGGGUGAGCAAUCUUUACCCGCCCAAGUCUCGUCCUCAAGUUCGCAGUCUGACUGGUAGUGCAAGUCGCAGUGGUAGUAGCGUGGCUCCAUUAGAUUCAGAAAACUCUGCGCACAGCAGCCAGAGUAGCCUAGGACCGCGUCCUCCGCUCGGCGUCCGGUAG